AAUACAUGGUAGUUAUCGAAACUAGACAAUAGUUCCGGGGUUGAUUUGAUAAAAUAUUUUUCUUCAUAAAGACUAUCGGCGACGACGAAAUGACAAAACCGACGCGGCAAAGGGGGUCAUUUCCGAUCACCAGUAGCUCUCUCUUUAUCUUUUAAAGGGUUUGGAAGGAUGGCGUACAUCUCGAAUUGGGUCAGAUACAUGGCUCACAAGCUGGAGUACUCUCUCACUCUCGGCCUCAAGAAUCAUACUCAAGGGAGGGUCAUUGACCGGGAAUUCAUUAGUGUAGUCAUGAAGAAUCUACUCUAUGGAAGAAUCACCUACUUAAACUCAGUUAAAGGAGAAGGGAUGGCCCCAACCAUGGGAUCACAUGAUAACACACUCCUUGUCCGUAAGCUACCUGAUGUUGAUACAAGAUGUCUUGUUUUUUGUUUGUCUGGGUACGUUUCCGUUGGAGAUGCUGUUGUCUUGAAGGACCCGAAUGAGACACAUAAGUAUCUAGUCAGAAGACUAGCAGCUUUACAAGGAUCCGAAAUGGUCUCAAGUGAUGAGAAGGACAAGCCUUUUGUUCUCAAAAAGGAUCAGUGCUGGGUCGUUGCUGAGAACAAAGAGAUGAAAUCUAAGGAAGCAUACGAUAGUAGAUCAUUUGGUCCGGUUUCACUGGCGGACAUAGUAGGAAGAGCUAUAUAUUGUAUGAGGACAGCCGUGGAUCAUGGUCCAGUAAGUAACAGUGAAUUUUCCAUGCAAAAGGAUUCUCCAAUCCUGGCGGUAGAACUUGACGUGGAUGAAUUGGCUAAAGACCACAAGGCGUAGUAGUACAAACAAAGAGCCUUGUUGCAAUCAUUUCACCAGACUCUUUGUGUCCCUUUGUUUCCCUUCUAAACUCCAAAUUUAGAUGCCACUGGAGUCGAUAUGUUUGUGGCAAAAUGUUGAGGAAAAGGGUACCUUAUAGCUGCUUCCUCUAUAAAUAAACAAACAAUUUCUUUACAGAACCCAAA